CUGUCUUCGUCGUCUGGAGUGAAUGAGACUCAUGUGUUCUGCAGUUCUGGUGAAAAUGUCCGUCUGUCCUGUAAUAAUGCUCUUUCUGGCUGCACAUCAACUACAUGGAUCUAUAGCAGACAUUCUGAGACAGUUGAACUGAUUGCUGGAGGAAUAAAGAAGAAAGACACAGAGAGACAUGAGAGACUGAGUCUGGGCUCUGACUGCUCUCUGAACAUCAAGAAAGUCACAAAAGAAGAUUGUGGAUUGUAUUCCUGCCAACAAUAUGUGAAGGAAGUACAACAAGGACCUGGUUCAUAUGUUUAUCUGCAUGUUCUUCAUGUCUCUUCAUCAUCCUCACAGUCUGAGAUCAGAUCAGGCCGCUCUGUGACUCUCUCCUGUCAGUUAUAUUAUGAUAUAUUCACUUGUGAUUAUUUGGUUCGUUCUGAGGGAAUUGAUCUGAUCUGGGUGAAUCAGGCUGGUGUGAAUCUGCAGACAGACUCCAGAUUUCAGAUAUUCUCCUCAGAACAGUGUCUCAGCUCUCUGACUACAACACUCCUGAAUGAAGAUCACAACAGAGAGUGGAGAUGUCAGGUUACACAGAGAAACCAGCUGAAGACCUCAGCCACAUAUACUGUCAAGUAUUCAGCAAUUCACAGGUUCACAGAUUCCUUCUCUUCUCUCUCUCUGUUCUGUCCUGCAGUGAUUGUGAUUAUUGUUGAGAUCGCAGUGUUUGCUGCUCCUACUGUGAUUCUUCUUCAGAUCAUCUGUGUGAGAAGAGCUGGAAGGAAGACCUCUCACCACCCGACGGAAAUAGAGAUGUCUACAGUAUUACAAUGA